AUGAGGACGACCCCACGGUGGAGACAGACUCCAACGACACUGCCUCAGCGCCCGCGCCUGUGCACGCGACUUCACCAUGGAGCAGGCGCAAGCGCACUACAGCUCCGCCAUGGCGGAGGUGCAACCGACGCCUAUGUUGGUGUUCGAGCAGGUGCAAGAGGAACAUCGAUACAACAUGUUCCUCCUGGAGUAGCACCGGAUGACAGAGGGUCAGAUCUAUGCGAGCACGCGAGCGAGAAGGCCAUGGCCGCGGUUAACCCCAACUUCGUCGUGAAGCUACGUGCCAUCUACGAGGUCGUCCACGCUCAAGCCGCCGCUCGCCAGGAAGCAGCUGCCGCGGAGUCGCAGCUCCAGGCGAUUGUGGACGAGAACAACGCCGGCUGCGCCUCCUACGCGCCCCGACGAACUAUCUUGCGGCCCGAAAAGAAUGUCGAACAAACAAAAGAGGCAAGAGCUAGCAACACUCGUCAAACCACCGCCGACCUCUCAAAGGAAAAACUCUCUGUUCCGGCGUCCGGCCAUCCAACCCAAAGCUGCGACCAUGGACCAUCCAUCUACUGCAUCACCGCCGCCGCGAGAAGGGACACCAGUGCCGAGGACACCAAGGCCAACGCGGACACGCCGGCGGCCGCGCCGGCGUCAGGCGCCGGAGCGGGGGCCGAGGAAGGCGCCAUGAAGUCCUGCGCCGACGCAGAGGCAAAGAAGACGGCCACGGCCAGGAUCAGCACGGCGAUGCGCGGAGCCAUCACGACCUUGCGCUGUAGCUUGCGAGUAGAUCGGAGGAUCGGCGAGGAGGGGAGUGAGUAG